GUAUCUGGCAAGAGUCGACUAUACGAGCAAGCAACUUCUUUUCGGGCAUGUCCCGUCUAUUUAGCCGCACUAACGUCAACGGCGCAUCCGGACCAUCUGUGGAAGUGCGAGAUGGAGGCUCUCCUACGCACCCGUUGGGUAUCGAAACCUUUGUCAGGUCGUCGUCGAGCGAGCACACCCUGGCUAUUUCGGCGAGCAGAGACCGCAAGCUCAGACUGUGGGACCUGAGCAGCGAUGCUUGCAUUCGAGUCAUCGACUUGCCAUUCAACGUCAUGAUGGCCGAUGCACCGCCAGACAACAGCGAGGACCUUGUUGUGGUGGACGGUCAGGAGGCACGGGCAUCGCUGCCAACAACGGCCAAAAUUAUCAUCAAAGCCUACUCUUCGUUCGAACACGACGCCAGCAGCCCAUAUCCGCUCUACUUCGUCGUAUUCGUGCCAACAUCGUCUCUCACCGGAGGCUUCUUUGCGCUGUACGGCGUGCAGUUCGACGGAGCCCAUCGCAAGGGUACGUCAGGAUCCCAGGCGGGUAUGAUGGGCGACGUGGGCGACGUCGAUCUUCUGUGGCAGAAGGAGUGCGACAUCGACACACGCGGCCCACACGCCGAGCUGCGAGACGUAGCAGUGCUGCCGACCAAGGACGAGCCCGGCACAAAAUGGAGACUGUGGUCGCUGUGGGAUGUCGAGGGAAAACCCCUUUCCAAAUACACCACGGUUGGCGAGGACGAAGCUGAGACCUGGUCCACGGUGUCGACACCAGUGUUCCAAGCGGCUUUGCAUGGAUCCGAGAUGGACCAAGAUCUGGGUGCACGCAUGCACAUGAUGCAGUCGGGCUCUGACAUGGCCACAUUCUUCCUCGAGAGGGUUCUCGAAGCGGGCCGAUACACAUUGAGCACCCUCGACAAGGCUGUGACGCUGUAUGCGGACGAUCUCGAAGCCCAUUGGCCCGAAAAUAUGACGAAGCCGCCAUCACUGGCAGCCGAUGCCGAAUUCAGCGGACUCGCUGAGCAGAUUGCCAGCCUAGUUGGCUGUAAUGUGCAGCUCGAAGCCGAUCCUGCCUCGGGUGCGCUAGGCUAUGAGUCGUACUGGGGCGCGGUCCGACGAGAGUGGAGUCGGUUCGUGGGUAUUCUCGACGACCUCGAGGCAAAAGCUAGGUGGCCUGUCGGUUUCGUCGAUGCGCUACCUACCGAUGACGUCGGCCGCGACUCCCCCUUUGUUGUCUCGUCCGAGCUUCUUUCGCUCCCCGUCGUCGAGGAUGGCGGCUUGAUCUUGGAGCGGCUCUCCUCCACCUUGGCCCCUUCGAGACUCGAGGUGUCGCCUGCAUUGGCCACGACACUUACUCAGGCCUUGCGCGCCCGCUUAGAGCGCGGAAGGAUUCUGUCUCAAAGAGAGCUGGACCAUCUGCUGCAAAUAGCGCAGACGUCAAAUGGAUCGACCUUCUUCCACUUGGUCGGAAACGACGCCGAUGCACUCCAGGGCAUCCUCGACAUUGCUGUUUUCGCACAAGAGCUGUUCAACGGACUCGAGCGGACGUCGACUACUGCGUUCGAGGCCGCCCUCGAGGAAGCCGUCCACACUGAAACGAGCUUGCUUUUAGAGACAAUAGUUUCAGAAGCUUGGAUUCAGCACGUACAAUCAGAAAUGGUGCAGGAGGAGGAGGACACACUGACGUUGAGAUUCCAGGAGCUCAAGGUCCGCCUCGAUCUGGACAGCGUGGAUGGUCAAGGACUCAUUCUCGCUCUGCUCGAUACUCUCUUCGAGGGUGUGCUUGGCCAACGCGACACAGGCAUGUCUCAAUUGUUGCUCAGAACCGAGCUCGGUGUCGCCCUUGCCUCGGACUCUUUCACUCAACUGAUCUCUUCAAGGCUUGCUCUCGUUCGGUCACUGUGCUACCUCGUCGCGGCUGUUGCAUCAGACGUCUUGUCGCUCACCACCGUCGAUGUAGCAGAGAUCGUGUCCCGCACCUUGAUCGCAUGGCAACGCCUUGUGGCACUGCACUCUCUUGUCAGUCUAGAAGGUCCCCCCGAGACGGCCGCCGAAGAGCCUGUAUCCGAGGUCCUUAUCACAGGGACCGGAGCCGAGCUCGACGCCGAUGCUGUCGCAAACCGCAUCGAUCGCCUUGGGUUCUCUGAGAACAGCCCAUCGACCUUCAUCAGAGAUGUAGGCACGGGAGACGGUGUCAGCGACGACAUUGCGAUCCUCGAUGGAGUAGCGAUCAACCCUUUACACGCCUGUCUCAUGGCAGGUCACUUCUUCUCAAUCGAGGAGGGUACCCAAGGACUUGCACUUUCGACAGCUGUUCCAGCCUUUACCUCCGCAGUCCUCGGCUUCGACUGCUUGUUCGAAAACGACACAGCUUCUCUCGGUCUUACACGAGCAUGGGCGAUGCUUGCGCACAAUCUUAUCGUGGUGGGCUAUCCGUCCGCGGCUGCCUCUAUCUUGGCAAGAUUCUGGCCCGGCUGUGCCUCGUCGUAUCUGCUUGGUCGGUGCGCCGUCAUGACUGGCAACGCAAUCGAGGCGGCUCGACAUUUCGACGACGUCGCCAGGACUCUCAUGAGCCCCGAGCAGUUGCAGGAUUUGCAGGGAGGGGAGAGCGACGACGAAGGUGCGAUCCUCAUCUCGCUGCUGCCAUCCCCCAUACGGUCUGCGCUGGGCACAACAGAGGCCUUAGUCCUCUUUUACAGGCAUGUUGCCCUUUACAUGGCUUCGCUCUCAGCUCAUGAAGCCGUGGCUCGAUACGCCAAACUUGCUCUGGAUCAGACCGAGCUCGUCCAAGGGAAUCCUUCGGUCUAUUCUCCGUCAUUGACGCGGGAUCUCUGGUUCGCCCUAUUCCGAGCCCAGCUUACCCUCGGCGACUUUGAAUCGAGCUAUACGACAGUCAUGGCGAUACCCAAGACGCUCCACGAUCUCAAGCGCGACUCGCUGCGAAGCCUGAUUGGCGUCAUGUGCGAGUCUGGCCACAUUGCCCAGCUCCUCAAGAUGAGCUUUGCGGGCGAACAGGCAGAGGUGGAGAGGACGCUGAGCUUCAAGGCAAGGAAUUCGGACCCGUUCACGACCAAGCCAAACUACUACAGAGUCCUGUACUCCUUCUACACGAAGCGUGGGGACCUCAAGAGCGCCGGUGCUGUCAUGUACCAGCAGGGAACCAGGCUUGGGGACAUCCGCAAGCUUGCUGCCGUCGUCCGGCCCAGAGGCGGCAGGGGAGCAGGUAGCGCCAACGCCUACACGCUCGACAAAGAGGAAAGCAUCGAUCUGGCUAUCUUAGAAGCCAAUUGCUAUCUGGCCGCCGUCAAUGUCCUUGCGCUCAUCGAGCCACGCGAUGCUUGGUUCGCCGACGCCCUCCCGAGACGCUCUCAAGAACAAGAGGAUGAGACAGCAGGCGAAGAGGAGAACCAGGCUUCGUCUUCGGUGUCCAAGCGGGUCCGGAACCCAAGAACUGGCUUGACCUCGUACAUUCCUCGGUCGCGUUUCGCAAGCGACUCACACGAGAUCAGCAUCGUCCGUUUGGCAGACGUCCGGAGGCUGUGCCGCCUGUGCCUUGCUAGACUCGAGCUCGCUCCCUUGUUUCCCGAGGUGGCCCUCUCGCUGGAUGCCAUGAGCGCCGUGCUCCUCUUUGCGCGUGUCGACGAGUUUGACAAGGCCCUGACGUUGGCCAGAGACAUGGGUCUCGACGAAAGCGGCGUUCUCGCUAGCUUGACGGAGCGUUGCGUCGGCCUGGCAAGGGUCGAGGAGGCCAAGCGGCGAGGAGAGGACGAAGCCAACGACGACGACUUGGAUAGUGAUUUUGAGGCUGAGGAAGCCAGGUUCCUCGACUUGAGCCAGUGGAGUGCAGCUUGGAAAGGAAGGACAUCGAGCAGAGCGUGGAGAUAUCUUAGGCUUCAGCUCGAUCUUUCGUCGUCCAGCUCGACCUCAGCAUCAUCAUCUUCACCUAGAAAAGCGGUGCAAGGGAGUGACGGAGGCGACAAAGAGGCAAGAUGCAGGAUUGCGGUCCUCGACAAGAUCCUGAGCCUGGGUGCCUGGCAGUCUGUGCCGAAGUGGCUUGUCGAGUGGUUCAGGGUGAGUGUCCACCUCAGCGCGAAGGUGUGUUGGUGUUGACGACUGAUCACUUGUUCUUUUCUGCAGAUGAAACGACCCGAUGUUCUCGUUCGGAGUCUGUCGAGCCAUAACCUCAUCGAUGCGGCCCUCGAUGAAGCCCU